AUGAUGAUACCGUUUCGCCGAUGGGAAUUGCACGAGCUACCAGCACUCACACAAGGAUCUACCAUAGAAAUCUGGUCCGUCAAGACAUGUUCUGCAUUGGACAGUCCAAGAUAUGUUAUAGUAUUUUUCCAAACGAAAAAAGCCGAUAAUUUGCAUGAAGACGUCACCUUGUUCGAUAAUGCCAACAUCAAAUCCAUACGAUUGGCUCUGAAUAGCGACUAUUAUCCGCAAGAACGAAUGCUAUUGGACUUUUCCCGAGACCAAUAUGCUGACGCUCACUUCAACUAUACAGAGUUCAACAAGAGCUACCAUAACUGUCAAGAAAAGCGCUCUCUAGUAAACUUUGCCGAAUUCAAAUCCCGACCAAUGUUUGUUAUCGAUUGCUCGAGGCGCCAUCUGGGUCUAAAGUCGUCCACAGUUGACAUAAAGGAGAAACAGAAGAAAGAGGGAGAACCAGCGGAGCAAGCAUCCGACAAGGGUUCCUCCUCCAGAAAAUCCUUCGUGAACCGGAGGAGACAAAUGCCGCUGCCACCUCCAGGCAAGCCCGGAGGCAUCGACGAUCCGCUGAGAAGGGGCCUCAGCGGGACAGGAGCAGUGAAAAUUAUGAACCAGCCAAUUAGCCUGCUUUUGUAG